AUGACUACUCUGUUGUAUAGACUAUUUUAUUAUGAUGCAGGUGAUGGACAGAGUGAUUGUGUAGAUGACGGUGAUGAAGAUCCUUAUAUCUGUGGUGAACGUUCGUCAACAACCAAUUUUUGUCCAUUAGAAACACUGUCUUGUGCUGCAAAUGUAACAUCAUUGCAGUAUUGUAUAUCUAGGCAAAAACGAUGUGAUGGUAAGCGAGAUUGUAUUGUUAAUGAUCGCGAUGAAUACCCCUGUUACCAAAUAGCAAAAUAUCAUCCAACGAAACAGUACACUCAUGCUAUUUUCAAUCACCAGCGAUUACAAUCAGAAGAAGAAGCUACUCUAGACGAUAUUGCAUGGUAUUGUGAUCGUGGUAUACCAGUUAUGCGUGAAGGAGAGAGGAAAUGUUUAUGUCCACCGAGUUACUACGGUAAUCGUUGUCAGUAUCAUAAUCAUCGUCUCACAGUUGCAUUAGCUAUUAAUACUACACUAGUUUCACGUUUUGGACGUAAAACAGAGCAUUCUCUGUCCCCUGUUAUUCGAAUUGUUACGUUUCUGUUAUAUCAUAAUGGUACAAUUGACCAUUCUAUUCAUACUAUAAAUUUCAUUGUAAACAAUCAAUAUAAUAAAAUUCCGACCUAUGAGAAAACGGAUAAAAUUUUUUAUUUGAAUUAUCCGUGGAUGUUACUUGAUAAAAUUCAUCAGCCAGAACACUAUAGAAAUGCUUAUAGAAUUCGUAUUCUGUUAUAUAAUAUUGAUUUAGAUUAUGCUCAAUUAUUUUCUGUUUGGGAAUAUGAUAUCAAAUAUCCGUUUUUACCAGCCUAUCGUUUAGCAGCAGUUUUACAUAUUGAUACGAUAAAACAACGUCAAACAAGACUGAAACAAGUAUAUGCGAGCAAUCAAUGUAAACACGGUAAAUAUUAUCCAAUUACAAAUGACAUACACGGUUAUUAUUGUGAUUGUGAAAUAGGUUGGAAUGGAAAAACGUGUAAUUAUUCCAUACAUCAUCAAUUAUCAAGCAAUACAUUGAAGAAUAUCGGUGACACUUGUGCCAAUGGUAGUAUCUAUUUUCCAACAUUUUAUAAUGUGGAUAAGGAUAUUUACACGAGUUUCGUUUGUGUGUGUCCAGCGAAUACAUUUGGGCUUACAUGUCACUUAUCCAAGUCAGCAGCGUGUGAUUUCGGAACAUGCAAAAAUGGUGGUACAUGCCUGUCGUAUAUAAAUGAUUAUUAUCAUGAUGUAAACGUAUGUUUCUGUAAAUCAAAUUAUUAUGGUGCUCUAUGCCAGUACAAUGAAACACGAUUAACGCUGAACAUAAAAACUGUAUGGCAUGAUACUAUAAUGAUUUUGCAAUUUAUCACAUGGUUUACGGACCUAGCAUUUAUUGGACAUCAGUAUUUCUUAGCAGAUAUUAAAUCGAAUAAAAGUUAUAAACUAUAUUUACCAGUCACAACUUCUUUUCAAGCUAUUCUGUUAAAAGUUUAUGAUGACAACAAUAAUAUUUAUCUUCUUUCUUCACGGGAGAAUGAGACAAACGGUGAAGAUGAAAAUGAUGUUUCUUCUUUAACAUUUACAGUAUCACAAAAUGAUGAAACAAUAUUACAAAAAUAUCGUUGUUUACAUGUAAAUGAAUUAGGUUUAGCACCAAAACAUUAUUCAGCUGAGAAUAUGUAUCAGAUAUUAAAAUUAUAUCAUCGUCCAUGUCACCACCAACAUAAUCAAUCUGUUACAUGUUUUUAUGAUCCUAAAACAUAUUUCUGUUUAUGUAAUAAGAAUUUACAUCGCGCAUCAUGUUUCCAUUAUAAUUCUAAUUAUGAUAAAUGUCACUAUUGUUUAAAUAAAGGAAAAUGUUAUUUUGGUGAUCGAGAGAAAAAUUUAAACAAUUGGAUAUGUCUGUGUCCUAAAUGUCAUUAUGGCUCUAUGUGUCAAUAUCGAACAGAUCAACUCGGUUUUUCAUUAGAAACAUUAUUAGCGUUUGACCGUUAUUCAACAGACAAAAUCAUAACAGAAGGAAUUAACGAUGAAGAUGAAGGUAGUGCGUCUUAUUAA